GUCGAUCUCAAGCUGUCACUCAGUGCUGGCGGUGUGAUAAUUGUACUGGCCUCCAUAUUUGCCUCGAUUGGGCUUUGGAGCUAUGCAGGCGUCCCCGCUACCCUUAUAAUAGUAGAAGUGAUUCCCUUCUUGGUCUUGGCAGUCGGUGUUGACAAUAUCUUCAUCAUGGUGCAGGACCUUGCUAUGCACCUCGACUACGCAGGCAAUGAUGCGCUCGAUGACAGCCAAUCCAUCGACGGGGACCAAGAAAAGGAUGGCGACUACCGGUCUGUGCGAUCCACCAAUGAAGAUGCUUAUAGAUUGGAUGUAGAGGAGCGUGUCGCGAAUAUGAUGGGCAGGGUUGGGCCUUCAAUUUUACUCUCAAGUUUUUCAGAAGCUGUGGCCUUCUUUUGUGGUAAGUCACGUGCGAGUUCGGGUAAAAAUGAAAAUAUGAACCAUAUUACGCCUGAAUAA